AUGAAGCGACCGGCCACCAGCGCGGCGGGCGCGGCCCUGAAGAAGCCGGCAGGCAAGAUGGUCUCCCUGGAGUUCCCGAAGGGCUUCAUAUGGGGCAGCGCCACAGCGGCGUACCAAAUCGAGGGUGCAGCGUUCGAGGGUGGGCGCACUGCCUGCAUCUGGGACACCUUCUGCGCCCAGGAGGGGAAGGUGAAGAAUGGGGACAAUGGCACCACGGCUUGCGAUCACUACCACCGCUUCAAAGAAGAUGUGAAGCUGAUGAAGGAGCUGAACCUGCCGGCCUACAGAUUCUCCAUCUCGUGGUCGCGGCUUCUGCCCAAGGGCCGCGGGGAACCCAACCCAGAGGCCAUCAAGUUCUACAGCAGCUUGCUAGACGAGCUCCACAAGAACAACAUCAAGCCGUACGCCACCAUCUACCACUGGGACCUGCCCCAGUGCCUGGAGGAUGAGUACGGGGGUUGGCUCAGCCGGAAGGUCGUUGACGAUUUCGAGCACUACGCAGCCACGUGCUUCAAAUGCUUCGGGGACCGGUGCAAGGCUUGGAUCACUUUCAACGAGCCCUGGUGCUCCACUGUCUUGGGCUACGCCAACGGCGAGAUGGCGCCUGGGAAGAAGGAGAAACCAGAGACGGAGCCCUACAUCGCGGCACACCACAUCAUCCUGAGCCAUGCGCGGGCGGUGAAGAGAUACCGCGAGGAGUUUAAGGCGAAGCAAGGAGGAGUGAUCGGCAUCACGCUCAACAUGGACUGGAGGCAUCCACUCACAGAGGACGAGGGCGACAAGGCCGCGGCGCAGCGGGCUCUCGAUUGGCAGCUGGGCUGGUUUGCGGACCCCAUCUGGAAGGGCGACUACCCAGCGAGCAUGCGGAAGCGCUGCGGGGAUCGACUACCUUCCUUCUCGGAGGAGGAGAAGCAGCUGAUCAAGGGCACCUCCGAAUUUUUCGGCUUGAACCACUACUCUACAGCAUACGUGGCAGCACCCAAGGGGCAGGCCAAGACCGUGUCGAUGUGGGGGAACGUGCAAGCCGGCGGCUACUUCGAUGACCAGGAGGUGGAGCUUAUCGAUGACCCACGGUGGGGGAGAUCUGACAUGGACUGGGGCGUGGUGCCCUGGGGCCUCAAGCACAUGUGCGAGUACAUCCAGCAGGAGUACAAGCCCGAAGGAGGGAUCUUAGUGACCGAGAAUGGCUGCGCCUGUCCGGAUGACGAUGUCAACGUCGCGAAAUUCGACAGCUUCCGAGUGGAGUUCUACCAAGGGUACAUCGCCCAGAUGCACAAGGCCAUUGAAGCCGGAGCAGAUGUGCGAGGCUACUUUGCUUGGUCCCUGAUGGACAACUUCGAGUGGGCGCUCGGGUACUCAAAGCGCUUCGGAAUGGUGCACAUCGAUUACGAGACGCAGAAGAGGACGCCCAAGCAGUCCGCGCUGCUCAUCUCGGAGGUGGCGAAGUCGAACAAGCUGACUCUGCCGGAAUCCACUUUGCAGGAAUCCGACUUCGUGAUGAUCGAGGAGGGUGCCGGGCGCAAGACGACGAAAGAUGCACCUCCCGGUCAGAAGGAGGGCUGA